CGACGGGUAUCUCGUAAACACUCUGUGAUCCACAGAAUUGCCGCGAGUUCUCAGUUGAGUUCUCGUUCCAUUCUGCAUAACAAUUUUAUCAUGCCGGAUUCUUGCGUUCGUUCUAAUAAGUACGAUACUGAAUCAUUCGAGGUACACGCGUUUUUCACGCUACGCUGGCUACGUUGGACAUCGAUGGUUGGAAUUGUCUCUAUGAUAAUUCAUUUCUAUUUAUAACGAAACACCGAGGGACUCUGAUAAGCUAGCGCCGAUCCGUUUUCAUCAUGUGGACACGUGUUUUAUGGAAAUCAGUGUACUUGAAUGCAACACGCACGUAUAAAUCCGACGAAAUGAAAUCGGGCCUUGACUGAUGUGUAUAACUAUUUAAACGAAGGACAUAUUUGGCAAAUAAAGCGUGAUAUUAUGAAGAGAAGUUGAAACACGUGGUGAUUCUUCGAACUGGUUUAUAGCGACUGAAGAGUACUGCAAAUAGUGUGUCAUCGCUAUCAAGUUGGAGCAUGAUGGGAGAGGUGAUCAGGGUUUCUGGGAGGGCACCGGAUGUCGGGGAAUUCCUCAAGGAGGCGAUGCUGUCCCAAAGGUUCGCCGAUGUAGCUCUCUGUUGUACUGGCGGACAAAGAUUUCUGGCGCAUCGUUUGGUUCUCUCUGCGGCCAGCCCUUAUUUGCAGGAAGUGUUGCUGGCGCACAGUAGAACGUCGAUGCAUUGCGAGCCCAUCACAGUGAUUCUGGCCGGGGUAGAGGCACCAGAAUUGGCGGCGAUCCUUGGUUUCGUGUACACAGGAAGCACGACGGUACCUCGUCCUCGUCUGAAUGCGUUUCUACACGCGGCCGAAGCCCUCCACAUUAGACUUCCGCCGGUGCCUGUCGUGAUGACCUGCACGCAGGCUGACUGCAAGCAGGAAGACAUCAAGGACGUGAAGAUCAGUCCAAAGUACCUCCAGUGCGACCAGUAUCCGCGCUGUGACCGCUGGUGCCGUCCACGUAGGAAUCAAGAUGGUGAUUCCGCGGGCAAGGAGGAAUCCUAUCCGGCGAUCGAGUCCUUGCAAACCGCAAGAGAAAUCAGACCGCUUCCUGAAUCGAUGAACUUUGCCGGAUCGAGAUACGGACCAAGACCAAGUAGAUAUUGCUCUACAACGUGGCCCGUUGCUCCUUUCCCGAGUGCGACUCAAGAAAAGACUAUUCACGGUCUAGAUCAACGUAUGGAUAAGGACAAGUUGAAUCAGACAGAUGUCAGCCGGUAUCAACCGAUCAGCGUGGUUCCUAGGAUCGAUAGGAUUAGCGACGUAGCCAGUGCACACUCGGAAAAUCCAUUUGACGGUUGCGAUUCUUCGGAAAAAGCUCGUCACCAGGAAUUUUGCUUUUCCAGGAGCUUGUACGAUCUUCGUAGCAUGCAAUUGGAUCCACUCGAGACGAGAAUGAAAGGUGACCACGAUCGUUUCCAGGCUACGAACGAAGAAGAUACCUCCGGGAGAAAUUUAUCCACAUAUGGUAGCUGUUUCGAGCAAGAGAGGAUUCCUGCUGAUCGUCUCAGUGUAAUUCGUUCUCGAAUCGAUCCCUGUCAGGGCAAAACCGUAGCUCUACAGUUGCCUGCAAGUAGCAGAUCGUACGAAAAUUUGGACGUUGGUGAAGAUUUGACUUGUCGUGAUCACUGUUUCGUCUGGAAAUCGCCGAGAAGACAAGUGGCUAAUAGAGUCAUAGCCUCGCCGUGGAAGCAAACUGUCAGGCCUUACCAUUUGCCCAAGUUGCAGCCGAUAGUCCUUCAGCCCCACGUCGACGAUGCCAAAACCAGGGAAAAUCUACGUGUGCCAGAAGUCACGCGAUCUCCAGCGAUCUCUACCAACCCUAAUCGACAGCUGGCCAAAAGUUCGACGCCUGCGGACCAUUAUUAUGGUAUCGAAGUUCCUACCACCCACGAAGUUACGUACAAUAACGAUAAGAAGUUACUGGAAGCGAAGCCUACUUUGGGACCAAGGCCUCAAGAAUUAUAUUCAUCUCAAAUUGCAUCAUUGACGAUCGGUCAAAUCACUCCAUCGUUGAAUAACGAUGCCAGAAACAACGAGACUAUCGUACAAUCUGAAAAUAACGUAAUUUCUACGACAACGAGAUCGUUGUCAAGUACCUCAGAGAGUAGUCGUAUGAAUAUCAAUAGAAAGGGUAGUUAUUUCGGUCAAGCGUUACCUCAGUCGCCGCAGAAGCUGGAAAUUUCUCAUCCUGUUAGCAGAUUGUGCGAUACGAUCGAGUCGAUCGGUAAAAUCGAUCGUUUCGCCAACGUGGAAGCCGACAAGCUGGAGAACGAGACGAGGAUCGAGGAUAAACUCGCUGAAAGAGUUAUUAUCAACAGUGAUAAUAAUAAUAACGAUGCUGUAGUUAAUCAGGACGGUGUUCAACGCGGCAAAGGAGCGCAGGAGAAUCAUAGGUGCGAUCAGUGUGGCAAGACUUUCGUUACCAAAGCUUCCCUGAAGGUGCACGUUAGAACGCACUCAGGAGAGAAGCCAUUCCGUUGUACCGACUGCGGCAAACAAUUCUCCCAACUACGAAAUUACAAGUACCACCGAAGCGUUCACGAGGGCACCAGGGAAUUCGCAGCCACCUGUCCAGAAUGCGGCAAAUACUUUAACGACCGCGGCUACCUGAGCUCCCAUAUGAAGAUUCAUCGUAACCGUAAGGAGUAUGGCUGUGCGGAAUGUGGCAAGAGUUUCAAUCAGCGGGUCGCCUACAACAUGCACGUUAGAAUCCACACUGGAGUGAAACCUCAUCAGUGUGAACAGUGUGGAAAAGCAUUUUCCAGGAAGAUGUUGUUGAAGCAGCAUCUUAGAACCCACUCGGGAGAACGGCCAUAUCAGUGUCAGGUCUGCCAGAAAGCCUUCGCUGAUAGAUCGAACAUGACGUUACAUACGAGAUUACAUUCCGGUUUAAAGCCUUAUCAAUGCACGCUGUGUUCGAAGGCGUUCACGAAGAAGCAUCACCUAAAGACUCAUCUGAAUUACCAUACAGGAACUAAACCGUAUUCCUGUCCGAACUGUGGCUUGAGAUUUUCUCAAAGUAGCAACAUGAGGACUCAUUUCAAGAAAUGUACCGUUAAUAAUCCGAUAGAAGCAAAGGAUUCGCAGAUAGAAGGUACUGUGAUAAAUUCUUCGAAGGUUAUACAAGCGAGAAUAGUAUCAAGGACACCUACAGACACGUUAACACCUCCCAAUUCGGACCAGGAAUUAAGCAUUCUAACGCCGAUUUCGAAAAGCAACGGUAUAGAAGGGAUUGGCACGUAGUGAUGAAGUUAUAGGGAGGUCUAUUAGCCUGUCCACACGAGUGUAGAGUAUUCGAAGAGGUAUUACUAUCGUAGCUAAACAAAUACGACAGAUACUCGUCGUCUCAAUGAAAUCAAUAUACGCACGUGUCGAAUUAAAUACUUGGUGAAGACACCGUGAUGUGACGGCUAUGAAUCAGACUGGUGACGUGAAAUUUACACGUCCUGUAUUUUAUGCGAUUGACGUGGAGAAUUCGUUGUAAGUUUUUUUAGUCGACGAAAUAGCCUCUUUGCGCGGAGAUGCUUUUUGUCGGGCUGAUUUUCAAGACAAGUGGUUAAAACGAUAAUGCACGAGGUAAUUCGACGGAUAAAUCGAUCAGGUUGCUGCUGCCCGCAAAUCGUAAUCGAACGAUAGAAAGUAUUAGAUUCAUUUGAAAGUAGCACUGCCAGUUGGUAAUCCGAGAGCUACCAUAACAGUACGAACAGCCGCCUUUUCCUAGAAAUUGUCGUUUUACGGUAGGACGUAUCGAUUCAACCCACAAACCGAUACGUCAUUCUUGAAUCCUUUUUUUGUUUCCUUUUCUCUUUUCUCUUAUUCUUUUCUUUCUUCUUCUGUCUUUUAACUUGAGAUAGGUCCGUUGAAAAGAUCAUCCAUGGCAUUAAUUCGCAAUCUGAUAGAGAUGAAAAAAUUGGUUGCCUUUCGUUGCCUGUAUAUUUACUACUUGAGCAAGGUAAUACAUAUACACAGAAAUAACCUUGUUGCAUGUGUUCCAAUGCACGAUGUAUGACGAAUAUCGAUUUAAGAAAUUUGUAAGCUUCUCGAGAAGCAAGUUCAAUGGCGAGAAUCUGAUUUUGUACAUUAACCUGUAAUAAAUCAACCCCUAUAUUUGCUGCCUUUUUAUACUUGUAAUAUAAAUGCAAAGAUGUAUAUUUACAAUGUAAAAAAUAUAACAAUAUUAAAUCUGAGCCUGUAAAUGGCG